GUAUAUGAACGCCCACGCCAAGAACAAGGUCUGGAACGUCAAGUCCACCUUCGACUGGAGCAAGGUGAAGUUCGCCUACCCACCAGGCCCAGACAUCCCGCUGCCCACCAAGAAUAACGGUGGCAAGACCAGCGCGGGCGGCAGAAGCAGCCUCCCCCGCGUGCAGGCGGUGCCGUUCCCGCCCGAGACGGCCGCCGCAGCCUCGAUCCGUGAGGCCAGGCGCGCCGAGGUGAGGAGGCUGUUCCAGAAGAACUGGGCGAGCUACCGACAGCACGCGUGGAUGCGCGACGCCCUGCUGCCCGUGUCGGGCGCGGGGAGAGACCAGUUCUCGGGCUGGGCAGCGACGCUCGUGGACUCGCUCGAUACGCUGUGGAUCAUGGGCCUGCGCGACGAGUUCGACGAGGCCGUGGACGCCGUGGCCAAGGACAUUGACUUUGGCAGCUCGUCCCAGCCCCGCGUCAACAUGUUCGAGACCAACAUCCGCUACCUUGGCGGACUGCUGGGCGCCUAUGAGCUGAGCAGGCGGAGCGUCCUGCUGCAGAAGGCCGUGGAGCUCGGUGACAUGUUGUAUGCCGGCUUCAACACGGAGAACGGCAUGCCUGUUGACUUUUUCAACAUCGACAAGAGCAAGUCGGGCGAGGGCCUGCCUAUCGAGAGGCGUGUGGCCAUUGCCGGCCCAGGCACGCUGUUGAUGGAGUUUACGAGGCUGUCGCAGAUCACCGGCGACUUGAAAUACUACAGUGCUAUUUCACGGCUGGUGUCGGUGUUUGAGGCAGGGCAGAUGAAGACGGCCGUGCCCGGACUGUGGCCCACCACGGUGUCGAUGCAGACCAUGAACGUUGUCGACGGCACGUCCUUUACACUCGGCAGCGGCGCCGACUCGCUGUACGAAUACAUUACCAAAAUGUACUCGCUGCUGGGCGGCAAGGAGGAGCGGUAUCACAAGAUGUCCCUUGCCUGGAUGGACGCUGCCGAUGAAAACAUGUUCUACCGGCCCAUGCUGCCAGAUAACGACGAGAGUCGGGACAGUAUCCUCUUCUCAGGUAACCUGGCCGUUGUCGACACGGCGUCCAGCCACGAGCUCCGUCUCGACCCGGAGAGUGAGCACCUGUCGUGUUUCCUGGGCGCCACGUACGCACUGGGCGGGCGGCUGUUUGGCCGGGACGACUACCUCGACACGGGCGCGAGGCUCACCCGGGGCUGCGCCUGGGCAUACCGCGUCACGGCCACGGGGAUGAUGUGCGAAAGGUUCAACUUGGUCAAGUGCGACAGCAAAGAAAAAGGGAAGCCCUGCCCGUGGGAUGAGGCGGCAUUCGAGGUGGAUAAGAAGAGAAGGGGAAAUUGGAAGGAGAGCCUGCCCGCCGGGUUCACCACGUGUAAGGACCCGCGGUACAUCCUGCGGCCCGAGGCGAUCGAGAGCGUGUUUUAUCUGUGGCGGAUCACAGGCCUGUCAGAGUACCAGGAGAUUGCGUGGGAGAUGUUUGCCGCGGUGGGGAACGGGACCGAGACAGAGUUUGCUAAUGCGGCUGUGAUGGACGUUACGAGCUCGGAGAGGCCGCUGAAGAAGGAGGAUUAUAUGGAGAGCUUCUGGCUGGCAGAGACCCUCAAGUACUUCUACCUGGCCCUGUCCCCUCCGGACCUGAUCUCUCUGGACGAGUAUGUUCUCAACACGGAGGCACAUCCAUUCCGGCUACCGCAGUGA